AUGUACGUUGAUGAAACCAAAAACUAUUUGUAUGGUAAGUUAUGGAAGUUGUGUGGUGGACCUUUGUUUGAUCUUCCAAAAUUUGGAGAAAAAGUAUAUUACUUUCCUCAAGGGCAUAUAGAAUAUCUUGAGACAUAUUCAAACGAUGACAUGGGUGAAAUAACACCAAUUUUUGAUAUUCCUUCAAAAAUUCGGUGCAAUGUUGUUGAUAUUCAGUUAAAGGUGGAGAAUGAUAUAGAUGAUAUUUAUGCAAAAAUUAGCUUGUUGCCAGAUACAGCAGAAAGUGGAAUGUCUAUUCCUAACAAUAAUCAAGAAAAUCAGAAAAUCUACUAUUUCACCAAAGUUUUAAGUGCGUCAGAUAUAAGUUCACAUGGAGGAUUUUCAAUAUUAAAAAGACAUGCCGUUGAAUGUCUUCCUCCGCUGGACAUGUCUCAGCCAACACCGACUCAAGAAAUAGUUGCUAAAGAUCUUCACGGUUAUGAAUGGAGAUUUAAGCACUCCUUUAGAGGUACACCAAAAAGGCAUACUUUUACAACUGGUUGGAGUGCGUUCGUGACAGCAAAAAAAUUGGUUAUGGGAGACUCUUUCGUAUUUCUUAGAGGAGAGAAUGGGGAGUCACGUGUUGGAAUACGAAGAGCAGCUUAUCAACAAGACAAUAUAGUUUCAUCGAUAAUUUCAAAACAGAGUAUGCACCAUGGAAUCAUUGUUUCUGCAAUGAAUGCUAUCACUACCAAUUGCGUGUUCAAUGUGUUCUGUAAGCCAAGGUCAAGCCAAUUCGUCGUCAAAUAUAAGAAGUAUAUGGAUGCAGUGAAUAAAAAAUUCAAUGUCGAUUCAAGUUUUACAAUGCAGUUUGAGGGUGCUAAUUUUACUGAAAAAAGAUAUUCGGGGAAGAUUAUAAGCAAUACAAAUUAUUCCUCUCAUUGGAAAGAUUCUGACUGGCGAAGCUUAGAAGUGAAAUGGGAUGUGGCUGCAUCAAUUCCAAGACCUACUAAGGUUUCCCCAUGGGAAAUCGAGGCUUUGGCACCUUCAUCAAACAUUAUCCAAUCACCUUUGCUAAAGAAUAAACGACCACGUCAUGUUGAUGAAAUUGGUUUAGAUAUGCGGAUUCCUACUCUGACUCAAGGCCAAGAAAUUGGACAAUCAAGCAGGAACUCUCCAAUGAGUAUUUCUCAGUUUAGUAAUUGUGAUGCAACCGAUUAUUCCAAGAUUUCGUCUGGAUGGAUAAUGAACUACUCAGUUCCUACCAUAAAUAAGCCGAACAGUAAUGACCAAAUGGUUAUGUCUGUGAAUGAAAAGAUAACCACUGAUACAAUAAGUGGUUACAAAUUGUUUGGAGUUGAUCAGAUGACUCCACCGGAAACAAAAGAUCUCAUCGAACAAAUUGACUUAUAUCAAAACGUUAAAAUUUCCAGAAUCUCCGAUGAAGAAAAGAUUGAACAAGUCCAAACUCCAGCAUCAUCAAAAGAUAUCCAAAGCAAGUCAAUCAAUUCUAGUAGAAGUCGUAUCAAGGUUCGAAUGCAAGGUAUAGCUAUAGGAAGAGCUGUGGAUUUAACUGUUCUUGAUGGGUAUACCCAAUUAAUCAAUGAACUAGAAAAACUUUUUGAUCUCAAAGACGAGCUGCGUACGCGCAAUCAAUGGGAAAUAGUUUUUGUAGAUGAUGAAGGAGAUAUCAUGCUUGUUGGAGAUGAUCCAUGGAUUGAGUUUUGCAAUAUUGUGAAGAAAAUAUUCAUACGCUCCAAAAAGGAAAGUCAAGGUAAUGAGAUCAAAGAACAAAUUCUCUAAAGGUGGCUCAACAUUGAAAACAACAACAAACAACAAUAACUUUUUAAUUUUAAUUUGAUUUUCCACCUCUUUGUUUUUAUUUCAAAAUAAAUACUUUGUUGUCAUGUUUUUCUAUUUCGUUUGUGUG